GUCCGUGACGCAUUGAGACAGUUAAACCGUUUCGAAAGACUGGCGGAGAAUUCGCGAUGAAUAAUUGGCGGAAGAAUUUGAUACAACAAGUUGUGAAGAAGUGUGACGACAAUGAGGUUAUGGUUUCGAAGGAUUUAGUCUCAUUUCUCUUGACGCUCUCCGAGUUGAAUCCCAUCUGCCGAAUUGACGAGAACGAUGAAGGAAAGACUGAAAACGCAAUUCGACACGUAACGGAAAAAUUAUUAACACAGAGUAGCCCCAGUUUGGCGACGCUAAAAAUGCAACUUUAUUUCGCGAAACAUUACGCUAGUCGCGAUGAAACUGUCAAAAAACAUCGUCUCAGAUUGCACAAAAAAACGGGCCCUCUAGUGGCCGAAAUUUGCGUUACUGAACACCUUGACAGAGAUCUCGAUGUCGAAAGACUCUACCAGAAAGUCUUGGUUGUCAUCACCUUACUCAGCGGACUCGGCAACCCCAUGGUAGCUUCUGUUUUGAGAGAAGUUGCCGUCGCACUCCAAAGUGUUUUUCAACCGAGCGAGCUAACGAAUUACGUGACUCUGACGGAGCAAGAGAAGGAGGAACAACUGAUGGAACUCGUCUGUAUUGUGGCGGGAAUUCGAAUUUUCAAUCGCGACUGCCAGCGUGGGGGCGAAGGGAUCGACGAUCUUCCUGCAAUUCUACAAGAAUCUGUUGGUAAAUCGAGGGAUUCUGUUCUCGAAUUACUCGAGGAUCUCAUGAAAACAGUUUAUCGUUUGACUUCGGCGGUCGAAAAAAUAAUCAACGUAAAAACUGAGGAGAAUAAUGGGACUCAGGAUUACGGCGAAAGCGAAGAAGACCGAAAGUAUCCGCAGGAUGCAACGAGUGACGAGGAUUUUUCGUGGGCAGUUGAAUUAUUGGGAGCUUGUCGACAGCAAGAAAUUUAUAUCAGAAAACUUCUCGGAGACAUAGAAAUUUGUGACAAUGAGAUAAAGUCGCUGAUGGAAAGACUGCAGUCGAGACUCUUCAAGCUCCACGACACUGUGCGAUAUCGAACUGCCAUCCCUACUCUACAAGUUUACCCUCAAUUCAUUGACCUCGCCGACAUAUGGAUGAGACUUCAGGACGAAGUUAUCGUUCUCAGUCACAUCAACAACUUUUUAUGGCAACUUCAAACUUUGUGCACAAAGAACGUUAACGUUCACGAUCACACGCGUUUGGAUGACUUGCUUGGUGGUUGUGAAAUUCUUACUGAUGCUGAAAGGUUGGAACAGUCGAUGGGACGAUUGAUAACGGACGGUGGCGAGUGUAUGGUUUUUUAUCCCAACAACACCAAGGAUUUCGAGCACAUAAAUCUCCAGUUUCUAGGCUUUUGUGCCUGGAGUUUCGUGGCUGGGAAGGGCUCUCUUAUUCCUGGAAAUCCGAACAUAGGAGUUCUCAAGUGGAGAGGAAAAUAUUUCGCUUUUAGCUCGGCCGAUGCGGCACGGAAAUUUGGAGAUGAUCCAAACAGAUUCACGUACGAAGCCCUCAACUUUGUACGUCAUCACUACGAAUACGUCCACUUAUUCCAGCUGUACGAUGACAUAAUUGCGAUGAAAAGUCGGGAGGAGAUUACCGAGGAUGGCUGUCAUUUGAAGAUUCAUCGUGAUCAGGGAAUCCAGACCGAUUUGCACGUUUUGCCGACUCACAUCGACAAGGAUUAUACUCACAGUAUUUGGGAGUACAGAAGAAGAGCUCUGCGAUUGGCAACGAUUGCUCAGUCCGCAACUCGCAGCACCCAAACGGCGAAUUCUCUCUUCCGGAGUGGUGUUUACGUCCAAGCUGCGUUGCCGACAGACCGAGCGAUCCAAACACGCAGAGACGGCCAAGCCAAUACAAUGAAAUUCAAGACUUUUAUCUUUGGACUUCGAGGUAGAAGAGAUACGAAUCAGCACGUACUGACUUUUGCCGAUGACGAAUUCGCUCAAUCGUCAUUUUUUUCUAAACCAUUUUCUCAAUCGUUGUGAAAAAUAUAAAUAAAAAAUCCACUCCGUCCGUGAAUAAACAUCGACGAUUCUUGGAAUUUUAUCGUCAGGGAUUGAUCGCAUUCCCUGCUCAACUUUUCCAACUCACUGGAUUUUCCUGAUGGAAUUUUUUUUUCGUUGGAAACGUAUUUAAAAAAUUAAAAGGAAAAAAGUAAUUUUUAGCUCACGGUGAAAAUGUGUGAAUUGAAAACUUUGAUUUUUCCACUUCAAGUGAUAAUUCGAGGAAAUUUAUUCCCUCGGUUCAAAAAAAAAAAAUAUGUGAUGCGUUCAAAAUAUUUCUACGAAUUUUUGUUAAUUUGUAGAAAAGUUUAAGAGUUUUUCCUUCGUUUGUCUGGAAUACUGCCUUAAGAUCUCGUUCAUUAACUCAGCCACACAAUGAAGAAUUGUUAUGAACAAAACUCGUGUGGGAGAAGGAUGGAUCGUGACGAGGUUGAUGAAUAAUUUGUAAAUGGAAUAUUCGAUUGCUUUUGUCUUUUUUUUAAACGCUCACGUACGAUUAAAAAAAAUGAAAGCAGUACCGUUUAAUAAAACACGUUUCGUUUCGAGUACACUCACGGAACACUGUAUGUUUUGAUGAAAUAGUUUGUCGUUAAUGUUUGUUUGCUUGUUUUGUUUUUUCCUUUUUCUUACGAAGAGAAAAUAAUUGUUUUUCACAGAUUUUUCAUUACUUCUUUUUGCUUCGUUCUUAGCUACGAUAAUCCGAUAAUUCGCUAUUCCCGUCUGUGCCAGCUGUUGUAUUUUCUUCAAUUUCAUGGGGAUUUUCGUAUUUCGCUGUUGUAUUUUUCGCAUACGAUCACGUUUUUCACGUUUCGUGGGAUUUUUUUCUCCUUUCUCCUGAUGGCCGUCAAGACUUAGGCCAGCAUUUCAUUAAUUUAUAAUCAAAAUACAUAAGUGUGUAGUUUUAUAUGUAUUUAUAUACGUAUUUUUAAUACAUAUUCAUGUAUAUUUCGCACGUAAAGGCUCGAAAAUAUCGUAAAAUCGAGCUGCUUCGAAGCGUGUUUUUUUUUUUAUUUUAAGAGAGGGAGAGAGAAAACUCGUGCGAAAUAUACGAAUAUGUAUUCAUACAUAUUUGCUUUUUAUCGUUUUACUUUCUACUCCUCCGUAAUAAUGUGCAGCUGGCGCAGAGAAAUUCGGGAGAGCUGCUGCACGCACACACCUCUCUCAACUUGAAUUAUUUUACGCUUACAGUCUUACCUUCCCAUACUGAAUACACAUCCAUCAUCAUCAUUAUCUCAUCAUCAUCAUCAUCAUUAUCUCAUCAUCAUCAUCAUCAUUAUCAUCAUCAUAAUCACCUUUUCAGCAUUAAAUCUUAAACAUUAGGUCAAUUUUUACACCAAAAAGAACUACUUUACGACGAUAAUUAUUAAUUACACGUGAAUACAAUUAAAUCCUUCGCUUAGUCAUUAAUUUCCAUUGUAUAAUGUAACUAUUAUACAGAAGAGGUACAGGAUGUUGAUUUCGCCAUGAUUUGGUUUGUUUUUUUUCACAUUAAAUUCUUUCAAUUAUCCGUGUCUCGUGACUAUCGCAUUUUUUUUUAGUUUCCUCGUAGUU